GCGACCGCGGCGAUCGUCCCGCAGGAGGAGUUCAAGGAGAUGAUGGAGGAGCUGAUGCUGCUCAACGGCGUCAUCAACGUGGGCGACUUGAUACCCUGGCUGAACUUCCUGGACCUGCAGGGCUAUGUGAAGAGGAUGAAGAUGCUGGGCAAGAGGUUCGACAGGUUCCUGGAGCACGUGCUCGACGAGCACAACGAGCGGCGUCGGCGAGAAGGGAAGGCGUUCGUCCCCAGGGACCUGGUGGACAUGCUCUUGGAGUUAGCCGAUGAUCACAGUCUGGAAGUCAAGCUCGAGAGGCAUUGCCUCAAGGCCUUCAUUCUGGACAUGUUCGCCGGCGGCACCGACACCUCCACCGUGACCAUUGAAUGGGCCGUCUCUGAGAUCCUCAAACGACCCGAGACGUUCGACAAGGCAACCGAGGAGCUGGACCGCGUGAUCGGCCGCGGCCGGUGGGUGGAGGAGGAGGACGUGCACCGCCUGCCGUACAUCGAGGCCAUCGUCAAGGAGACCAUGAGGAUUCACCCGGUGGGGCCCCUGCUCGUGCCUCGGCUCUCCCGCGAGCACACCACCGUCGACGGCUACGACAUCCCCGCCGGGACGGGGGUGCUGGUGAACGUGUGGGCCAUCGGGCGCGACCCGGCCGUGUGGGACGCUCCGGAGGAGUUCCGGCCGGAGCGGUUCGUGGGCAGCCCGAUCGACGUGAAGGGACACCACUUCGAGCUGCUGCCGUUCGGGGCGGGUCGGCGGAUGUGCCCCGGGAACAGCCUUGGCCUGAAGAUGGUGCAUCUGAGCCUGGCCAAUCUGCUGCACGGGUUCAAAUGGAGGCUACCGCCGGGGAUGACGGUGGAGCAGCUGAAUAUGGAUGAGAUCUUUGGGCUGACGACGCCGCGGAAGGUGCGGCUCCAGGCCGUGGUCGAGCCAAAGCUUCCGGCUCAUCUCUACGGCGCCUGAUGAUGCUGUGUUACGUGGGGUGAACAAGUCACAAAUU